AGUUACCCCACAAGUCGAUGUAUUUUUAGCCAUUUGCGUACACCCCUUAAUGUAUACAAGAGAUUCCGAAAUAAUAAUGUGCUGACAAGUGCGGACCGAAGCUGUCAAAACUGUUGUCAGACAAUGACACGUAACGCGUCGAUAUUGCGGAUAAACAUUCGAUCCUAGAGUUUCUUGUGAAAUAACUGGACUGACCGAGCCGGCGGUGCGUUCUGGAAUUUUAUUGCCAUAUGAUGUGAAAAGUGAUGGAAACAGUCAGUGCGAGGGUUAAAUAACUUGAAGGACUGAAUAAUCGAAGCCGGGGGUUGACAGCCCCUUGUUGAUAUCACUUCAUAAAAAAACAGCUGAUGUAGUCCCGCAAAGUCGGAGGCUGCGAUGAUGACUCCGAUGAGUGAAGACGGUGGUCCCCUGAGAGAGUGGGCACCACUGACAACUCUUCUCCAACAGAUCCCCGUGAAGCUCCAAAGUGGAUUAUUCACACACGAUAUUAAUUUCACAUGCAUCUCAGCUCUCCCGGAGUUCCUGGCAAUUGGCACAAACUGUGGCCUCGUUUACUGGUACAACAGAGAGACAGGUGAUCUCCAGAGAUUGCGCUGCGAGAAUGCGUAUUCGGGUAUCACGUGCCUCCGGGUGAUUUCUACAGUGGACUACAUGGUGGCCGCAGGAAAUGCCCAGGGUGUUGUAACGGUGUUUCAAAUUCCCAAGAAUUUGCCCGAGUCGUUACCUGAAAGUCUCCGACCGAAACAGAAGAAACAGGUAGAGAGAUACAACAUCGGGGGAAUUCACAAGAGCCCAGUGAAUUCUGUCGAGUGGUCGAAGAAUGGAAUGAAGUUAUUCAGUGGUGAUCAGGAUGGUCUAGUUGUGCUCACGGAGAUUGAUUUUUAUAUGCACCUCUCCAAGUCUUCGGAGUUGCUCAACGAGAAGUACGCAGUGGUGCAGCUGAGCUAUCAGCAGGGCCUUCUGCUGGUGUCGACCCUCUUCAGGACGAUUCUGGUGCAGUCAGGAGGCAGCAGUCGGGAGAGGAAGGUCUCGCAAGUGGGACAGAAGGAGAGAAAAAACCUUGGGAGGCUGGGGGCUGUUUUUGCUACUCGUCAGGCGCACAUUCAAGAGCCCAUCAUCUACGCCAGCCGACCUGGCCUGAGGCUAUGGCAGGCUGACAAAGCAGGAACUGUCAUCAAGACUCUUAUUUUCAAGGAGGUCCUCCACACUACUAACACCGACGUCGCUCUACUCAAUCCUGCACCUGAAAUGGUCAAGAAAAAACGUGGAGAGCCGACCUUUGGUGUAAUCCUUCCCUUUUGCGACGAUCUCUUCGUCACCUUCAGCGAGGACGUCGUUUACGUCGUCAAUCCCGUGACCAUUGCCAUUACUUCAGUGGUGAGUGACCUGAGGAGAGUCACCGAUGUCUCCUGCACCAAGGACGAGGUAUUUGUACUUGAAGGCGAGAGAAAUAUCUUGAGAAUCUCCUAUCACCCUGAGAUAAGCAGCGUUGAAAGCCCUGAAGAGACCAGGGACUCCCUCACAUUUGCUGAGAUCAGCAAACCUGUUGCUGCAGGCAUCCUCGGGCUCAAAACAAAGAUCAAGGAGAAUUCCAUUGUUCCGAGCAUUCCCUUUUACAAAAUCAGUCCUGGUAAUAUCAUUCAGGCGAUGAGUGCUCUGCCGCCCAGGGGUGGAGUCGAUCCCAAUCCUGUGGUUAAUGGGGUUGAGGCCACGGAGAUGCCACCCAUCGUUCCUCUUAGCAUUGAUACACCUCUGGUAACUGAUAUUGAUAUUGAAGUCGAGCAUUUGGAGAGGGAGGAGGGAAAGAUCGAUAGGAGAGAGAUCUUUCAGAAGAUCGGAGAGCAGGAGUUCGAGGAAGUCGUUUUCACCCCUGAGAGAAAGCAGAAAAGAACGGGUAGAGUCAAUAGGGUCAAUGGGAUCAAUGGGGAGGACAGUUUUUUAAAGUACUGCAGAGAUGUUCAAGAGACUCAUUCAUCUUUAUUAACGCUGAGUAUUGAUGAUGAUUGUGUGCUGAGGGGAGAGAGAAAUCUGGAGAGCAUUCAGAAAGAUGUUGAGAACAAGGAGAAGCUACUAGCUGAUGUUCUCAAUUUUGAUUUAUCCGAGUACAUGACGAGUAGUCAGAAUUACGAGAGUGACAGCCAUUCGAAUGGAAAUGGUUUGGAUACGAUAACUUAUGUCAAUUGCACGGAGUCAACAGCUGAUUCUGCGGUUCUGUGUAUUGAGGAUGGAGAGCCAGAUCCAGACAUUGAUGACUCGGGGGAUGAUGAAAGCUACAGGACUGAAUUGAAGAAACUGGAGGAACUGGGCGAGUGCAGCAAACAGCUGAUGCAGAUGAGCAAAGAGAACUCGGUGAAGAUUGGGGAGAUUAAUGGAAAGGAUGACUCAACGGAGUUGGAGAUUCGAUUCAAUGUUCUUUCGAAAGAAUUUGUAUCUUCAGCGAUAUGUGAUGAAGCGGAUGAUUGGGUCGUCGUGUCAUCGCUGGAUUAAAAUUGUCACCAAAGCCACACAAUAAAUAUCUCUACGGUUAAUACUCCAGUGAAUUAUGAAUUUAUGUUAUUUAAUUAAUUAUGUGUUAUUCAAGAUAUGGGAAUAUUUAAUUUGAUUAUUUUAUCGGCGAAAUGGGAAAGAACUCUUUGAUAUCCAUAACUCAAAAUCAAUUUUAUUUCAUUUCAUUAACAAUUCAACGAUUUAUUGACACUUAGAGUGCCACAUGUCAAUUCAUUUCAUUUAUUCUUGUGGUAAUGGCAUAAUCAUUGUUUAUCUGCUUCAAAUAUUUGUUCGGGAUGAGUACAAUAUCGAUUUCUCAUGCUAGUCAUAACCGAGAGUUACUUUAUGGCACAUAACAGGAGCCACCGAUUUGAAGGUGAUAUGAAAAUCUAAUAAAGUAUACUGCAAACGUUGUUACAAA